UGAGGUUUCCGUGGAGACAGCGGAGCCUGCGGAAGGCGGCGGCGGCGGCACCUGCGAGCGGAGGCCUAGGCGGGGCAUGGCGGCGCGGACGGUCCUGUGAGAGCGAAGCUGCCGCGGGGCCCGCCAUGCGCCGGCGGCCCUGACAUGGGCGCCAGCGGCUCCAAAGCUCGGGGCCUGUGGCCCUUCGCCUCGGCGGCGGGGGGCGGCGGCCCGGAGGCGGCUGUCGCUGAGCAAGCUUUGGUGCGACCGCGAGGCCGAGUCGUGCCCCCCUUCGUAUUCACGCGCCGCGGCUCCAUGUUCUAUGACGAGGAUGGGGAUCUGGCUCACGAGUUCUAUGAGGAGACAAUCGUCACCAAGAACGGGCAGAAGCGGGCCAAGCUGAGGCGGGUACAUAAGAACCUGAUUCCUCAGGGCAUCGUGAAGCUGGAUCCCCCCCGCAUCCACGUGGAUUUCCCUGUGAUCCUCUAUGAGGUGUGAGCCUGGGGGGUGGCAGGCAUAAACACCCACUGCCCCAGCAAGAAACCCCCAGGCUCAAGGUGUGGCUUCCACUGAGGAACCUAGGCUGGGGCCACAACCGUGAAUAAACUCCACUGGCCCGGAACCUUCAACUGUGAGCAGGGCAGUCCUACAAUGCUGGUUGGGUGUUGGUUUGUAUGUGGACAAGAGGUGGCUGGUGGCUGGCAAGGGCUGAUGGCGGAGUUACCAGUCCACCUUUCCCAGCAAUCCCUACAAGGAGCAUGGCAGGGCAUAUGCUGUUCAGGAAUGCCUGGUUCCUGUGCCCUUGCCUGGCCUGCAUUCUUCCAAGCUUGCCUAGGGCCCAGCCCUGCUGGAGGCUACAGCACUUUACAAGUAAGGUCUGCCUUUUUCCAGCCCCAGGGCUGUGGGAGCUGUACACAAGUGGGAACUUCCUUUCCCUCACUUCCUUCACCCUCUCGUUGGAGCAUUUCAGCCGUUUGCUACCUCGAUUCCUCCUGUGUUGGACAGAAGCUGGGGGCAGAACAAGCCUGAUUCUUCCUGCCUACCUGCCCAUCUGUUCCCACCCCCAGAUGGAUGGACAGUUUGCUGGCUGUUAAUAGGUGUGGGAGGUUUCUCCCUCUACCCCGGGCUGGGCUGAUCCCUCCCCACUGCAACUAGUUGUUGACCCCUACCCCAACUGAGAGGGCAUAGGAUGGGGAUCAGGAAGGGCUCUGGAUGCCUGUGCCUAUGGGGUGUUGCCACAUCCCACCUACUGUGUCUAAUCCCCCUUGCCCUUACACAUCCACCACCCUGUGAUAAGGAACAGCACCCUGUGGCUGGUGCCAGUAGCUCUGAGGAGCCCACCACCCAUUCCCCUACAGUAUACCCAUCCCUUCAGGAUCAGUAAGAGAAAAGUACUGGAGCCCUGGGUAGGGACAGAAAGGAGAGAACAAUCAUAAAGGAAUACUUAAAAUGUGAAAGCUUGUAAAUAGUCUAGUCCAUGAUGUUGGGGCAGAGUCUGAUUUCUACAUAAAAAUGACUUUUUUUUUUUUAAUUCCUUACUGUGCAAACUCUGUUCUUCAAGCGUGUGAGAAAUGGCUUGGGGAGGGUAGCCCUCAAUCUAGGAAGGCUGUUGUGUUAUUUGUUCAAUAAAAUUAUUUGUAGACCCUG